GUUUUAACCGGUGAACAAUCAAGAAUCCCCCCUCCGUACACGCAUUCACAUAUUAUCCAUUAUAUAUAACCUUAAACUUCUUUGUAGGAAUUUUCAUCAAGAAUCCAUUUCAAUUUUUCCAGAUUUAAUUUUCAUUUCCAGAGAAUGACUCUCGCGAAUAUCAAGAAAUCUCCCCUGGCCAGACUACGCAGCAAGUUAUCCUCAAGAAAAUCAGAAAAAUCGUCUGUGAAGUAAGAGGAAGCGAGAAACAGCACUAGCAGCAGCAGCUCGUUAAACGUGGACGAGCUAAGAGCCGUGUUCGACUACAUAGACGCAAACUCGGACGGGAGGAUCUCCGGUACCGAGCUGCAGAGCUGCGUUAGCCUCUUGGGCGGCGCGUUGUCCUCGCGCGAGGCGGAGGAGGUCGUGAGGAUCUCGGACGUCGACGGCGACGGGCUGAUGGAUUUCGAGGAGUUUACGAAGCUGAUGGAAGGAGACGACGGUAGCGACGAAGAGAGGAGGAAGGAGCUGAGAGAGGCUUUCCGGAUGUAUGUGACGGAGGGGGAAGAGUUUAUUACGGCGGCGAGUUUACGGAGGACGCUGAGUCGACUCGGGGAGUCGUGUACGGUUGAUGCAUGUAAGGUGAUGAUACGGGGAUUUGAUCAGGACGGUGAUGGAGUUCUCAGCUUCGACGAGUUUCUUCUGAUGAUGAUGCGAUGAGAUCAUAAAAGUAUAUUCCGACAUGUUUCUCCAUUUUAUUAAUUCCUUUUAUUCAAAUUCUGUUAUUCUUUUGUAUCGCGCAGGGCCAUGCGGGAACAGUAGGGUGUAUAUAUAUUUUUUGUUAUUAUUCUGCUGCCACCAUACCUUUCCCGCAUUGCUCUGCACAGUCUUCGUUCAAAAAUCAAAACCUCAUUUGCUCUAUAUGUAAUUUCACAUGCUUAUUAAUAAAACCUAUUUUGUGAUA